AUGGAAGAAGAUCAACAGGAACAAAACAACCAGUACAUCGGUUUAAUUGGAGAUUCGCAGAUUGGUAAGACGUCUCUAAUGGUAAAAUAUGUUGAGGGUUCAUUUGACGAGGAUUAUAUACAAACGCUCGGUGUUAAUUUCAUGGACAAACGAAUACAGAUUAGAAACACAACAAUAAUGUUUUCGAUAUGGGACUUGGGCGGACAAAAGGAGUUUGUAAACAUGUUGCCAUUGGUUUCCAACGAUGCUGUAGCUAUACUAUUUAUGUUUGAUUUGACUAGAAAAUCUACUUUAAAUUCAAUAAAAGAGUGGUACCGACAAGUGCGAGGCUUCAACAAAACUGCUAUUCCAUUUUUGAUAGGGACAAAGUAUGAUCAAUUUAUCGAUCUUUCCUUUCAGGACCAAAUUGAGAUUACUCAGCAAGCAAAGAAAUUUGCAAGUGCAAUGAAAGCACCUGUGGUUUUUUGCUCCACGAGCCAUUCAAUCAAUGUACAAAAAAUUUUCAAAAUCAUCUUGUCAAAGGCAUUCGACUUGAAGUUGAAUUUAGAUGAAAUUGUGAAUGUUGGAGAGCCUAUAUUGAUAUUCAAAUGA